AUGGACGAGACCUGGAGGGCGGCGACCCCGAUGGCGAGGAGAUCCGCCUCCCCCAGCGCCACCCCCACCACCGUCACGCCCGGCUCCACCGCCUCCUCCUGCUCCUCCAACUCCGACCCCGCCGCGCGGACGCCCCCGCCCGCCUACCUCGUCCCCUGGGCGCGCGGGGCCGAGGGCGGCGGCAGGGGCUACUACCCCGGCUGCCGCAAGGACGCCAACUGCGCCUGCGAGAUCUGCCUCGCCAGCAUCAACGCCACGCGGGACCUCCUCCCGCCCGAGGCCGCCUCCGCGCGCCGCUGCUUCGCCGCCGCCGCCAGGGACCGCAGGCCCGGGACGCGCUCGCUCUUCCUCGCUACGCCCGGGUCCGCGGUCACCGAGCCGUGGACGCCGCCGCUGCGCUCCACCGCCAAGUCGAGGCGGGAUGCGGCGGCGGCCGCCAAGGCCCGGAGGUCCUCGUCGCCCGACUGGGCGCUCUACGCGCUGACGGUUCUUGGGUUCUUGCUCCUGCUGUGGGUGGACACGGGCCUCGUCCCGGAGGUCGCCGCCAGGGGGUUCGGCCCCAAGCUGUCUUCGGACGCCGUCGCGCGGAUGGGCCAGGAGGCGCGCCUUGCGCCUGCAGCUCUGGGCCACAAACUGCGCUCCUUGGAGCGAGGGGUCGGGCAGCUCGUCGGCGCCGACGGGAUCUCCAACUGCAGCUCCAAGGAUUCCGUCUGGCGACUCCAGCAGAAUGAUCAGCAUUUGUUCCAUUGGCGCUGCUCGCUAUACAAGUCGGCGGCAGAGGAGGUCAGCGUCUGGGGGAGCCCUCUCCGGACCUCCGGCCUGCUCCCGUCUACGCUCUCCACACGGCACAUCACCAUCCUCUCCGGCAAGGUCACGGAGUGGUCUGACGGGAGCGUAUUGCCGACGGUGAGGGCGAGCAACGGGAGCUCCUGGAGCUACCGGGGCCGGAGGGCAGCGGCGGUGCUGCUGGAACCAGAGACGUGGGUGCUGGAGUACCAGAGGAGCGUGCUGUUCGAGGGCACACGGCUGCUGCCGGCCACGGUGGAGCUGCUGGCGUCCAGGUGCUCGACUAUGGCGAAACGGGCGCGGCAGAAGUUGGCCAAGAAGCGGUUCUACGGCGGCGGGAUCCAGGCGAAGCCGACUUGA